UCUGGCGUGUAAUUGAUCACAAUAUCUACGAGACAGAAGAUAAUCAAGAAAUCAAGAGAUCCGAAAGAAAAUCUUUGCUCAUUCAAAGCAUACCAUUAAGCUUUGUAUACAAAGAAAAACGAUGAGGUUUGCAAUCGUGAUUGUGCUGGUGUUGGCCGCUGUGGGCAUGGGAUCUGCUCGUGUAUGCUACAACACACAUUGUGCCAUGAAGACAGUGUAUUUGUAUCCACAGUGUUGCCCAUAUAAUCUCCAUGUAGCGAAAGUGCGGUUCUGUCACACAGCCUGGCAUUACUGCGGCCGUAAACGAUCCGCUCCUCUGCCCAAAGACAAAGUGGAAGUUGGUUUCCCCUGCGAUUUCAACGAGUACGACCUCAACAAAGAUGGAUCAAUCAGCAAGAAAGAGUUCGAGAAAGUCACAAAAUUGUCAUCACAGGACGUGGCCUCCGUUUUCAAGGAUUUGGACAAGAACGGCGAUGACAAAAUCACUUGCGACGAGUUGAAGAAAUCAAGUUUAGAAUUCGAAUGUAAGCUCGUUGGUUGCGACGACAAAACAAAUGAUGAAACCGAGCUGGAAUAUUGAGUAAAAGGCACCCCACACUUCUGAUCAUAUUUCAAACUUAAGUAAACAGCAUAAUAUACAAACAUUAUCGUAGUUUUGAUUCUUGGCAACAUUUCUUGUGAUUGCUCACACAUUAACAAGAAUUGUAAUAUUAAGUAAUGAUUUAAUAAAAGCU